AAGGCGGGCUGUAGGGGAGGGGAGUCACUUUUCGACGAAAAAGCCAGAGGUGCGCCACUUUCGCCUUUUGGGGGGAAAGUGCAGGCGUUUCUGUUCUAUCUAGUACAGCUUCAAAGGGUCCGAACCGAGACUCGGAGCGCUCGCCAACAUGGAGGUGCAGAAGGAAGCGCAGCGUAUUAUGACGAUGUCGGUGUGGAAGAUGUACCAUUCGCGCAUGCAGCGCGGCGGCCUCCGACUACACCGCAGCCUGCAGCUCUCCCUCGUGAUGAGGAACGCCCGCGACCUCUACCUCUCCGCCAAGCUGGAGGAAGAGGAGGAGAUGGGCGGAGGAACUGUGGAAAAUUUUACCGGGCGGCAGCCGCCACUAGAACUGCAAGUAACGGCGCCUAGCUCUCAGCAUCUGGAGGGUCCUCCGGCAAUCCUCUUCCCCCAAGCCCAGCAGGAGGUGCCUCCACCCACGCCGCAGCCCUGCGGCAGUCAGGAUCCGGAACCUAUGGAAACCCAGGAGGAGCCCAGCAGCAGCUUGCCCGCGCAUUCCUUGCCCCAGACGGCGUGGAGCCGGGGCGCCUCGGGGCCUCUGCCGGUCGGCGGGAAGCCGAGCCGCAAGCGUCGCAGCAGCAGCCUGGGCAAGAUUGGCGCCGCCGAAGCCGGCCUGGUGCCUAGCAAGAAGGCGAAGCUGGCGGAGGAGGAGGGCGAGCGGCAGCCCCAGCGGCAAGAAGGGCCUUUCCCGAGCUUGGCCCGAAUCCUGCAGGACCGGUUCUCCGGCUUGAUCCUCCAGCCUCCGCCAGCCAAAGGCGCCGAGGAGCCCAAAGCGAGCUGCAGGCAAGGCGACGGCGUGCUGAGCAUAAUGGUGAGGGCCGUGGUAGCCUUCUAAAGCGCCCCCGCCAGGGACUCGUAGCUGGAAACUUCUCCCUGCGGAGAAGCGGAGCCGCGGAAGCCCCUCUCUGGGCAGAGGAGCUCAGUACCGCCUCUCUCCUCGGUGGCGGGACCUUGGCGGUUAGGACGGCGGGAGGCUGGUGGUGGCGUGGGGAGCCCGAGCGAGGCCUUCCCCCUCUCCUCCCCCGCGGGUUUAGGCGAGAGACGCUCUGGUGACUCGGGAAGAAGGCGAGACAAAAGGCCGAGCGACAGCUGGCCGAGGAGGGCGCUCCCUCGAACUGGGACGCGGUGGCUGCGCGCGGAAAGAGGAACUGGUCACGCCAGCGCGAACGUCGCUGUUCCUGGAAGACCGUCUGAUGACUCGGGGGAGAAUGAAGUCGCCUCCAUGAAAAGAGGAGAGACUUGCAAACCGGUCGGGCCUUUCAAAUCCUGAUCUGGGUGGAAAGCAACCACUACUGGCUGCGUGCACUUUUAUUUUUUGGUGCUAAUCAAGAAUAACAAUGCGUUUAUCCUGCUUUUCGUUAGCUAAAGUUGUUGCCAGUUCUCGGUUGAGGAUUCCCCCUCCUUUCUUUCUGAAAGAGGCUUUCUUAGGUAGCCGGGGCUGUUCCACUGAAGGGUUAAACAGAGUCCUGCUGAGAGCUUUUGAAGAAAAGCAGCUUUUGUCAGCUCCACUCCUUAGAUAUUGGGGGGGGGGGGGGAAUACCCAGCAUUCUUUUCCUCAGGGUCAUCCCUUUUUUUCUUACCUAGUAAUUACGGAUGAUCGAGUGGCCUGUUUCUUUGUGCCAGAAAAGCUCUCUAAACCUGAUUAGUCUUGCCAAUGCAUACAUGGCGGGAGCAGGAAGGAGGA